UACGAAAAUGUAUUAGUCCACCAAGAAUUGGCGUGACACAAAAAAGGGUUGGGGAAUGAAAAGUGGGUCACAUGACCAUCUAGCAAUGAGCAUUUUACCACUAGCUUUUCAUUAUAAAUACUCACACGCAAUCAAUCAAAGAAACGCAAAAGCGAUCUCAUAAUAAUACGCCCACUCAAACCAAAAACAAACUCAAAGCCGAAGCUAAAGGAAAGAAAAGGAAAGAAAAGAAAAGAAAAAGGGAGAAAUCCGGCGAAAAUGGAGGAAGAUGGCAACGCGCAUUCUCCGCCGUUCUGGCUUCAAUCCUCCAACUCCUCUCUACACGAACUUCACUACAGUCGCCGCCGUCGUCUAAGCCGUGCAUCGUCUUUCCUUCUUAACUCCAGCGCCUUUCUCAUUGUUUUGUUAGUAAUAGUUCUUUGUUUCAUCUUGAUUGUCAUUCCAAAAUUUGUACAGUUCACUUCUCAAUUGAUUCGGCCUCAGUCGGUCAAGAAGAGCUGGGAUUCGCUCAAUUUGCUUCUGGUUCUCUUCGCCAUUGUUUGUGGAUUUUUAGGUAGAAACGCUGGGGGAGAUGAUAGUAGAGGUUCUUUUGAAGAUCGGAGCGUUUCUUCGAGACGAUCAAUGAAGUCAAACCCUACGACUCCGCGUCGAUGGGAUGGAUAUACCGAUCAUCGGCCGAAUCAUUUUACUCUUAAUCGGAUGAGGAGUAGCAGUUCGUAUCCGGAUCUACGUUUGCAGGAGUCUUCAUUUGAUGCUGGUGAUCACCGGUGGCGAUUUUACGACGAUACUCAUGUGACUAAUCAUCGGUAUUCGUCUUCCGAUCAGCUUCAUCGUCGUCGUGAAACUCAGCCCGAGCUUGAACGGCAAGAUUCUGAAGCGAAAAGUAUUGUUUUCGACAGAUCUGAGAUUCGUGAUGUAUAUUCAGAACCGGUAAUACCUUCUCCGCCACGUUCGCCGCCGCCGCAGGUGUCUCCUCCGCGUCCUCCAUCACCGCCUCCAACCCCUCCGCCGCCCGCUAAUACCAUUCCUAAAAUGGUAAAACGAAGGCCAAAGAGAACGCACAAGGUCCAUAGCCAUACACCUGAAGAAGAGAUUAAUCAACAGCACGAAAAUGGCGAUUCCGACGUCGCGAAUUUUCAACGGAUUCAGCUUCCACCACUCUCACCGCCAUUGUUCUAUCGAGAAUCGGAGCAGAAGAGCAGCAAAAACGAGAAGAAGAGAACCGGUGCCUCGAAAGAAAUUUGGUCCGCACUGAGAAGGAGGAAGAAAAAGCAAAGACAAAAAAGCGUCGAAAGCUUCGAGGCUAUCAUCGCAUCGCAACGCGCUUCAACAUCAUCAUUACCACCACCAUCACCACCGCCUCCUCCGCCGCCGCCGCUUCCCUCCCCAUCAGUUCUUCAAAACCUAUUUUCAUCCAGGAAAGGUAAACACAAAAAAGUGCAGUCCACAUCUCUACCAGACCCACCUCCACCAUCAAUAGCCUCCUCAGAGCCUAAACCAAAGACCGAAGAUCAAAACCAGAUCCUCAAACCUCAAGACCCUCCAAUGGAGCUCGACAGACUGAGCAGUUUAAACGACGAAGAGUACCACACCCGCAUUGGCGGUGAGUCGCCAUACCAUCCGAUCCCUCCUCCACCUCCGCCGCCUCCGCCAUUCAGAAUGCACGGAGACUUUGACAGUGUAGGAAGCAAUAGCAGUACACCAAGAGCCAUUUCCCCGGAAAUGGACGAAAGUGAAGCCGAUGCACCACCGGCGACCAGCGAAAGAAAGCUCGUGAAAGACCCAACAAUUCCAAUGUUCUGUUCAAGCCCGGACGUCAACAGUAAAGCCGAUAAGUUCAUUGCAAGAUUCAGAGCCGAUUUGAAGUUGCAGAAGAUGAACUCCAUCAAAGAGAAGACGACGAGGAAGAGAUCUAACCUAGGCCGUACCUCAGGUCCAGGCCCAAGUAAAACUAGAUAAGGCCCAGCCCAUAUAUACCUUUUUUUUCAACAAUAUAAUAAUAAUAAUUCUCAAAUUUUUUUAUUUGUUUGUUUUAAGAUUUUUUAGAAUACUAUGAGAUGAUAAUUUAAUUAGAGAGACACGUAAGGUUAUGUUGCUUUUGUGAAAUAUUUUGGACAUAAAAGGAAUUUCAUUUUUUUUAA